UGUCCUUCUCACAACAUAACUUCAGCAAUUGGUACAGAAACGUAGUGAAACAGUGCAUGCGUUCGAGUCCCAUUAGUAUUCUCAGGUAGAUUGUCUCAUUUGGGUCUUCGCAAUGGCUGGUUUCAGGUGUUUAUCCCUCGGGUUGUUGCUUGUUUCCACUCUUUUUAUGUUGUCCGAAAGUAGGGUGGCAAGGAAGGACCUCGGCCUGGACCUUGGGCUUGGAAACUUGGGGGUUGGUGCUGGUGCUGGAAUCGGGAUAGGCGUUGGGCUAGGGGGCGGCGGCAGUGGCUCGGGAGCGGGUGCCGGGUCAGGUUCUGGCUCUGGAUCCGGGUCUAGUUCAGGAUCGGGGUCGGCAUCUGCAUCAGGUUCGGGGUCGGGCUCUGGGUCCGGGUCCUCUGGAGCUGGAUCUAAAGCCGGUUCGUCUGCUGGGUCUCGCGCAGGAUCUCAGGCCGGGUCGGGAUCAGGAUCUAGUGCGGGUUCCGAAGCUGGCUCAUAUGCCGGAUCCUAUGCAGGGUCUAGGGCCGGGUCCGGAUCAGGAGGUUACCAAGGGCAGGGAAAAUAAGCAUGUGGCGUGUUGUGUUAUAUCAUCUCAAUCACCAAUGUAUUAGUACAAGAAUGACUAUGAAUAAAUAAGUAAUGUGAGUGUGCCAGUGGUCUUUUGAACCACUUUCUAGGGUUUGAUCUUAGUGUCUCCAUCUUGCUUUGAUUCAAAGAAUAUUAAUAA